AUGGAGGUUAAAACCGGUGAAGAUCAUUUGAAAGUCCAUAAAAUGAAGAAGAAGGUAUUGAGAAAGCAAGUCAGAGCUCAGCAUACACUGAUGAGACAUGAAGGCAUCGAGUGCGUCUCCCAUGCCACACAGAGCCUGGUUAUUGCCAAUGCUGGUCUUGGUAAUGGGAUGAGUAGACAAAAUCUGCUCAAGAUAGUAGAAGAAUAUGGAUUGGUGGAAACACUCUUAAUGCCACCGAAUAAGCCAUAUUCAUUUGUGAAAUACGGGACAACAGAAGAAGCCAAGAAAGCCUUUGAUGCCCUUAAUGGAAAAGAAGUAACUCUGGAAGACCUUGGCCAAAACAUUGUUCUAUAUAUUAAUUUUGUGGAAAAAGUUUUCUGGCAGAAUGCUGUUCCUACAAGCUUACCUUCAGGUCUAAUGGUCAUUGAAAAGAUUAUUUCUCCAGAGGAAGAAAGGAAGAUGUUGGAAAGUAUUGACUGGGUAGGAGAUGAAGGUACUCAAAAUGUCCAGAAGACUUUAAAGCAUAGAAGAGUAAAACAUUUUGGAUAUGAGUUUUGCUACGAUAACAACAAUGUUGAUAAAGACAAACCUUUACCUGGAGGUCUUCCUGAAAUUUGCGACCUAGUCUUGGAGAAGUGCUUGAAGCAGGGAUAUAUCAAACAUAAACCUGAUCAACUGACUGUAAAUCAGUAUGAACCUGGACAAGGAAUUCCUCCUCAUAUUGAUACGCAUUCUGCCUUUGAGGAUGAAAUAAUCUCCCUUAGUUUAGGAGCUGAGAUUGUGAUGGAUUUCAAACACCCUGAUGGCCAUACAGUGGCAAUUAUGCUGCCCCGAUGCAGUUUAUUGGUGAUGGCUGGAGAAUCCAGAUACCUGUGGACACAUGG